CAGCUUCUCUCUCCGCGCAGAGGAAGCCCCCCCCUCCUUCUUCUCCUUCGUCCUCACGGACAUGGACGGCACUCGCACCUACGGCUGCGUCCUCCACCUGUGUGAGGAGGUCUCGACCCUCCCCCACCCCGCCAAGACCCAGGCCGCCCUCGGUCGCGCCUUCCAGUCAGGAAACUUCUUCGUCCCUAAGGCCCUGGUCAUCCUGUCGCACUACCCCUUCUUCAACACCUUUCGAGAGGUCCUCCUUGAGCUCUACCGCAUCUCCAUCUCCUCUGCUCCCCUCCCCAUCGAGCGCUACAUCGCCAAUUUUUUCUGCGAAGUGCCCUUGCCCCCCCAGCCGACCGCCCAGGAACCGGCUGCCCAUGGCAGCCUUCUCCUUCCGACCCCUCUUCACCUGCUUGAGCCUCGACAACAUCCUCACCAUUUUCGGCACCACGCUCUCCUCACGCCCAUCGCCGAGGCCCUCCUCUCCCUCCUCUUCCCCCUGGUCUGGCAGGGUGCCUACAUCCCUGUGAUGCCACUCGCCAUGGUGGAUAUUUUGGAGGCGCCCGUACCUUUCUUCGUGGGGCUGAGC